UAGAAAUUUCUGUCAGUCUUUGACCGUUAUAUUCGAACAUACAAUUAAGCGUUCAUAUUCAUAUUCGCAUUGAAAUGAGAGCAGGACCGUUUUUCCGCAUCAUCAGGGUUACCGCAUAUAAAAACGCACUAAAGAGGGUGUCAAAGACGAAGAGCGAUUGAAGGACACGAGGAAGUGUGUACAAAACUCGCGUGAAGCCAUACAGUGGAAAGGGACGCUCUCUUUUUGGAUGAAAAAGUCUACAUCCUCUUAAAUGUUAACUUUGCUGUUGCAUGUUUAUAGGUUUAUAGGUGAUAUAGCUUGAGAAAAAGGUGGGGGAUGAGAUUCCAUUUGAAAAAAGCCAUCCAGUUAGCAGCUGUACUUUUCAUUUUUGCCAGUGUCUACACCUACAUGCGGAGAGCACAAACAGGAAUGACUUGGCCUGAAGACUUAAAGGGCAAUUACCUGCAAUUCAGUGUUUCCAUUAUAGUGCUGGCAGGAAUCCCUCAGCAGUCCAAGAAGUUCCUUACAGUGGGACUUUCUUCUGUGAAGAGGGAAAAAGGCAAUUAUCUUCAGAACACUCUUCAAUCAAUCUUCUCUCAAUCCUCGGAGGAGGAGCUGGCUGAAAUGGUUGUAGUGGUCCUUCUCGCUGACUUUGACUUGUACUGGAUCAAGCAGACCCUACUGAUAAUUAAUAAUGAAUUCUUCUCCCAGCUGUCCAAGGGUCAAUUGCUGGUUAUCCAUGCCAUCCAAGAGUGCUAUCCCCCUUUAACCGGUUUGAAGAGGAACUUCAAUGACGCUCCAGACCGCGUGACCUUCCGUUCAAAGCAGAAUGUGGACUAUGCCUACUUGCUCCAUUUCAGCAGUAACCUCUCCCAAUACUAUAUCAUGUUGGAGGACGACGUGAGCUGCUCAAAGAACUAUCUCUCCAGAAUACGCAAGUACAUACGUUCGAUGUCAACCACAAAGUGGGUCACGCUAGAGUUCUCCAAACUGGGCUACAUUGGAAAACUCUAUCAAUCCCAGGACCUACCCACUCUGUCCCGUUUCCUUUAUAAUUUUUACCAAGAAAUGCCGUGUGACUUCUUGUUGUCGCAUUUCCGCACCUUGAUGAUGCAGGAUAAAAUAAUUCGUUUACACCCAUCUUUAUUUCAGCAUAUGGGCACUUACUCGUCUUUUAAGGGGACGUACAAUAACCUAAAGGAUGAGGACUUUGUAGAAGAAGGUUCUGAUAAUCCUCCAGCAGACAUUUCUACAAACAUUGAGUUUUUUAUGACCUACACACCUGACAAGGCUUAUAACCAAGGCUCAGGCUAUUUCUGGGGCAAGUCCCCCAUUGGCUCAGGUAACUUCUUUUUAGUUGCCUUUCACAAACCAGUUCUCAUCUACCGUGUCCGAAUAAAAACAGGAAUGGAUGGAAAAGAUGAGCUUGCCUCUGCUAUUGUGGAACUUGGAAAAACUCUGGUGAAGACAGAGUCCACGGUGGAGUGCUCAGAGUUUCACACAUUGGGUUCUCUUGAAAAAGGACAGUUUGAUCUGGCCACUGUCCAGAAACUAGUGAACACAACUGUGUCCUGUGUACGAAUACAAGUCACAGCCAAUCAAUCAGACUGGGCUAUCAUACACUUCAUCCAGAUCUGGACUAUUAACAAUGACAAAACCACUUGAAAAAUCUUUGAUAUUGAUAUGGAGUGGUGGUGGUGUAGUAUAAGGAUAAGCGCAUAACUUGUAAUCAGAAGGUCGCUGGUUCAAUCCCCACAGCCACCACCAUUGUGUCCUUGAGCAAGGCACUUAACUCCAGGUUGCUCUGGGGGGAUUGUCCCUGUAAUAAGUGCACUGUAAGUCGCUUUGGAUAAAAGCGUCUGCCAAAUGCAUAAAUGUAAAUGUAAUAUUGUACCACAUCAAAAACUAGAUAGGUAAAGUUUGUCAAGACAAGCUUUAAUGUUGGCUUGACAACGUCUGGCCUGAAAGUUUAAAAACAGUUUUAAAUACUUGAGAUUUAAAGGUUUAACAGACCUUACAGUAAGACAGACAGACAGACUGACUGACCCCGACCGACCGACAGACAGACAGACAGGCAGGCAGGCAGAUAGAUAGAUAGAUAGAUAGAUAGAUAGAUAGAUAGAUAGAUAGAUAGAUAGAUAGAUAGAUAGAUAGAUAGAUAGAUAGAUAGAUAGAUAGAUAGAUAGAUAGAUAGAAAGAAACAGACUAAAAGCCUUGUGUUUGUUAGUUUUCAUUUAAACCUUUUUGACUGGUCCCACACACUCUCAACGACACACAUUGGAUUUAAUUUUAACCCAUGGUUUUUCAAUCUCUGAAUUAGAAAUCAGCUGUGAAACGUUCUCUGACCACAGGCCUGUAUUUUCUUUUUCCCCUUAAUGGCCGAACACUGAAAAAUCCAUCGCUGCCACAUCUAUCACGCUCUCUCACGCCAUGCUCCAGAGAAUAGUUUUCUACUACAUAUCAGGAAGUAUGCAAAUCUCUGGAAAUGGACUCUACUCUGCAUAAUAUAGAUGCUGAAGAACAUUUUAAUUUAUUUAAUUCCACCUGUGCCAAUAUCAUGAACUCCAUUGCACCCUUAAGGUUUAAAAAUCAUAAGCCUGUGCCAGUGCCCUGACAUAAUGAUACUACACACUCACUCAGACAGGCUUGCAGACGUGCUGAGCGUAAAUGGAAAAGUGUCAUAUGAAAUCUUGAGAAACUCCUACAACAUGUUUCAGAAAGCUACUUUUUUUCUGAACUGAUCACAAACAAUAGUCAUAAACCGAAAAUUCUUUUCUCUACCAUUAACUCCGUUUUAAAUCAUUCUGUGCAUCCUUUUUCUGAUUCUUCUUUCUCUGUGAAAAUUUUGGAAAGUUUUUUAUAGACAGAAAUGUAUGUAAAGAUUACAAUUUUAAGAUCUCAGAUGCCUCACUCGGAUUAUACUUUGCCUGAUGUUUCUCUAUGCUCUGUCACUUUGCCUGAGUUUAAGACUAUUGACUUGGGCUUAUGUAAGGAAAUUGUAGGUCACAUAAAGCCAACAAUAUGUCCCCAGGAUGUCAUUCCACCUACUUUCCUUAAACAAAUUUUCACCCAAUUUCUAAUCUACCUUUUCAAUAUAAAAUCCUAAAGAGCUCUUUUAAGAGUUUCAAAUGAUAUUUUCACCGAGACUGAUUCAGUGAAAUCUAUGGCUUUAGUCUUGUUAGACCUGAGUGCUGUGUUCGAUCUGGUCGACCAUGAGAUCUUGUUGACAAAUUUUAAGUCUUCUCUAAAGACAUAUUAUUUCUCUUUGGCUUCAAUAUUCUUUAAAAAUUGUGACCUGUUUUAUCUUCUUGUUUUAUCUACUUUGUAUGUUUUAUUUUCUUGUAAUAACCAUUUUACCUUGUACAGCACUUUGGUUAAUCAUGGUUGUUUUUAAAUGUGCUUUAUAAAUAAAUAU